AUGUCCGACACCGAAACUCCCAAAGGCAAAGCCCGCACCGGCUGGUCUGACCACGAACGCGCAAACACAAAGUUCAACUUCAAGACCGCCCCGCUGCCCCCGGGCCGCACGCUUAUCGCGUGCGAGCGCAUGCUCGGCCGCCUGAAGACCGCGCUGAAGAGCGAGCUGGAUGCGCUUUCCGGUGGUGCGCGGAUGCCGGGUGACAGCAGUAUUGGCAAGGCGGCUAGGAAGAGUGCUGUGCCGCGCAAGCGCAAGGGCCGGGAUGAGAACGAGGGCGAGGGCGGGCCGGUAAAGAAGGGGCGACGGGCGAAGGAUGCUGCGGUCAAAGAUGAGGAUGACGAGGAGGGGGAGCGCAAGGUUAAGGUGGAGAUGGGGCUGGAGGAGGUGUGA